UUUAUCCAGUAAUAGUUCAGCUGUUCGACAAGUGUACAAACCCGCAGUAGAAGUGAAUUGUUAUAUUGAAUUGUAGUUAUCUAGAGCGCAUGUUGUAAAGUUGUGUAAUAAAUACUAAGAUGAACGUUAAACUUCUCACAGCUGGGCUUCUAAUCCUAGCAAUUAAUACAGUAUCUGGGUAUCCUAAUGGUGCUCCUGCAUCCCAAUGUAGCAGUAUGGUUCCAGGGCAUGGAGUAUCAUCUCUUGAUAUUCUAAAAUCUCCGUACACCAUCAAGGUGGGAAAGGCCGAUAUUUCUAGCUCCGAGAAACUAGAAAUAGAAAUACUAGCAAGUGAGGAAACAGAGGCUUUUACUGGUAAAUAUUUCAUUUUUUUAAAACCAAUAUUAUCUUUCUUGAAUUUUUUUACUGAUCUUUCCGAAAUCCAUUCUCACAAAAAAGACAAACUAAUUUCGGAACCAUGA